AUGCCGCCAAAUAAAUAUGACUACGAUGACGACGACGUCGGCUCUGACUAUGGCGAGGAUUAUGGCGAAGACGAGGAGCUGAGCCCCGAGGACCAGGCUGCCAUGGAACAUGGCACUGCUGAAGUGCGCGCAGCCCUGGGAAAAAAUGCGUCAAAAAUCACACUCAAGCAAAUACAAGAUGCACUAUGGAAUUACUACUACGAUGUUGACAAGUCUGUUGCAUUCUUAAACAAAACUUAUCUUCCCACCGCACCAAAGCCUACUCCAGCAGCAGCGCCGAAGAAGAAAACUCCUGAAGGUAUGUGCGAAGACUUCUCCUUUUCUGCUGCGCAUUGUCUGUUCGGGGGUGUCUGUGGGGCAGAGCAUCAGCGUUUGGCAGGAGCUGGGAACGGAGUGGGAGAUAUUGGACUUGAUCCAGUCUUGGCAGAGUCUUUUCCGAUUUCUAGAAAGAUUGGGUUGAACCCGGGCGCGUACUUCAAUGAUAUGCCGUGGUUAAAUACGCCGCAAGACCGCCAAGCCAUCUUCAUCCAACCUUGGCGACCGCAAGGUGGGCUUCUGGGAGGUUCCGAAGGGGCCGCUGGCAUGAGCAAACUCCAGAAACUAGCUGCAGCCAGAAAGAAGAAAAAUGAGGAGAAAAAGGAGAAAGAACGGACGAAACAGACAGAGAAAGAUAUUGAGAAACUGUCAUUGUCCGAUAAGCCACUGGAGGAUCAAAUGUCGGUCCCUCCUUUAGCCAAACGCCAGAAACUUGUGCCUCCGUCCGAAGAAGAGCCUGGUACCACAGCCUCCAUACAGACUGUCAAGACUGAUGGAACGGAUGAACUUGCUGGGAAAGCCACAGAACCGGAAGACCAGGAAGAUGUACUCACUGGUACUGUUGAUGCUGCUGUUGUUGUGGAUAAGGCCGCCCCUUCGGCCUUUGCUCGAACGCUGUUUGGCUCUGCUCCUGGGAAGCGUCCGUCGCGGGAUGUGUUCCCCAUGCCAUACACAUCAUCGUCGUCAUACUCCUCCAAAACGUUUUCAGAACCUAGCCCCGAUGAUAUUGUGUUUGCAGCUCAAGCCAAAGCGGGAAAGAAGGCCCCGGGCCCUUCAAAGACCUCUAAGAAAGACACCAAAGAGGGAGAAAACGGUCGCAAAGAGGAUUUGUCGGACAGCGUCUCAAGUCUGAAAAUCAGCGAGGCCCCUCCGCCUAAGAACAAGGGGUUAGAUGUUGUGAAGGAGUUUGAGAAGAGCUCAAGUAAAAGGAGUAUUAGUUUCGUGGUGGUUGGACAUGUUGAUGCGGGCAAGAGCACACUCAUGGGACGCCUCCUGCUGGAACUGAAGCAUGUCGAGCAAAGAACAGUGGAUAAGUACCGAAGACAGGCUGAGAAGACUGGGAAGCAGUCCUUUGCCCUUGCCUGGGUGAUGGACCAAAGAGCGGAGGAGCGAGAUCGCGGUGUUACGAUCGACAUCGCCACAAAUUUCUUCGAGACGGAGCAAACCAAAUUCACCAUUCUGGAUGCACCAGGCCAUCGAGAUUUUGUGCCCAAUAUGAUUGCUGGAGCAAGUCAGGCCGAUUUUGCCAUCCUAGUCAUUGAUGCAAACACUGGUGCAUACGAAAAGGGUCUGAAAGGACAGACAAGAGAGCAUGUGUUGCUUCUACGCAGCAUUGGUGUUCAGCGGAUCGUGGUGGCGGUCAACAAGUUGGACAUGGUAGGAUGGUCGAAGGACAGAUUUGAUGAGAUUAUCCAAGAGGUGUCUGGUUUCCUCACUGGAUUGGGAUUCCAGGAGAAGCACGUGAGCUUCGUUCCCAUCUCUGGGUUGAACGGCGACAACAUAGUCAAGCCGAUUGAAGACAAGGCCGCCUCAUGGUACACAGGUUCUACGCUGCUUGAAGCUUUGGAAAGCUCAGAAGCCUCAAGUGCGAGGGCAUUGACUAAGCCGCUUCGCAUGGCGAUAUCUGAAGUCUUUCGCUCUCAGCAAGGAACAACAACCUUGUCGGGCCGAAUAGACUCAGGAACAAUGCAAGUUGGCGACGUGUUAGUCGUUCAACCAAGUGGCGAGACGGCCUACAUCAAGUCUAUUGUGGUGGACAAGGACACGCAAGACUGGGCAGUGGCGGGCCAGAAUGUCAACUUGGCGUUGACAGAUAUCGACCCUAUUCACAUCAGGGUCGGUGAUAUUCUUUGCCACCCCACUGACUCAAUCUCUUGCGAUGACUCAUUCACUAUGAAGGCGAUGGCGUUCGACCAUCUACUACCUUCCCCGGUGGACCUUCACCGAGGUCGUCUGCAUGCGCCAGGACGUAUACAGAGCAUAGUUGCCACGCUGGACAAGGCUACGGGAGAUGUGGUAAAGAAGAAGCCCAAGGUUGUCCAGCCAGGCAGCGUGGCAAGGAUAACUAUCAAACUCGAAUCUAAGGUUCCGCUCGAAGCUGGCCAGCGAGUGGUUAUUCGCAGUGGUGGCGAGACAAUUGCAGCUGGGCUGUUGGAGUAG